AUGACAACAGAUAGUACUCGAGAUCGAUCGUCAUUGUUCGUUUCAUCUGGUGAUGAUCAAAUCGCUAUUAGUUUAAAACAAUUAAAACCAGAUCACAAAGAAUCGAGUCACUUCGCAUCGAUACUCAUUGAAAUGGGUGACUAUGAAAUCGAAGUUCGUCGAUCACAGAAAAAAACAUCUAGACGUUCCACAUCUGUUACUCAUCGACUUAACAAUCAUAAUAGGCAAACUACAACAGAAGAAAAAUGUAAAAUAUCCCCAUUACCAUGGGAUUAUUCUAUAUUACGCGGACCGACAAUGUGGUGCCGAAUGUUUCCUCAAUUGCGAGAUAAAAAGUUUCAAUCGCCCAUACGAAUCUAUACGGACCUAUGUGAAUAUGAUCCUCUGCUUGCUCGACAUCCGUUUAUAUUUGAAACGGAUUUAAAUUGUUGUCAAACACUUGAAAAUACUGGCCAUUCAUUUCAAGUAUCCGGCCAAGGCUAUAGUUGUAAAUAUUGUUCAUUUUGCUUUACGCUUAACACACUAUUUUUCAUAGAUAUUACACGGGGUCCUGUACUGGAUGAAUAUCAAUUUUUACAAUUUCAUAUGCAUUGGGGAGCAAACGAUAACGAAGGUUCAGAACAUAUUAUCGAUGGUGUUCGUCUACCAGCUGAAUUACACAUUGUAACAUGGAAUCGAACGCAAUAUCGAACUCCAGAGGAAGCUAUGACAUCUGAACAAUUCGAUGGUUUAAUGGUGUUUGCUGUUUUAAUAAAAGUUCAAUUUUAG